AUGGCCGUCAUGACCACCCAGCAUUCAGAAGAUGUAGCUUUGGAGCAAAAGGCAAUACCCGUUCCAUCAUCUGAUACGAUGGCUUUGGAUCUUAAUAUCAACGGAUCUUCUACUCGAGAUGAUACCAAAACUGAAGAACAACAAACAACCUCUGAUCUUGAAUUGAAAAAAUCUCCCGCGCCCGAAGUCACCAAUUCUGAAUCUGCUGAAAUCACCUCUACGUUAAAGUCAGAUGGGGACUUGAAUGUAGAAUCGCAUGCCAUAAACAACUCCAUUCCUCAGUCCACUGUAGCUGAAUCGCAUGCGCAAGAUUCUCCCGAGAGUCAAAACGUAUCUCAACUUCAAGAUUCGGAUACAACAACUGUUUCCGACGAACCUCCAAAAGCAAUCGAUGAACUAGACCGUACUGUAUCCGAUCUACCUACACCAGCUGAUUCAGUGCCCGAGGCUGCAAACGAUACUUUCGCACCUACCGCAGUUCCACCUAUUGUCGACGCUCCUGUGUCCGAUAUGCGGGAUGAAGUAUCUCCACUUACUCAAGUACCGGAAACCACACGACAACCCUCAUUGCCAGCUUCAGAGAACAAGGCAGAGUCAUUGAGUUUGGAACGAAAGACUUCUGCACCAGCUCAAGAGACGAAAGCCGAAAGUGUUGACGGCAUGAACCUUAGCUUCGAUGCGCCCCGACCCGAUCUACCCCCAUCAUCUCCCAACAAUGCCCCACCUUCUGUUGACAUGGAUCUCUCUCCAAAGCCGGAGCAAGCAACUGCGAACUCCACUCAAGAAUCCGCGGCUGCCAACCUUGGUACAAGUGAUGUUGAUAUGACAGAUGCGCCUGCACAACCACAGGUUACAAAGGUUGCUCGUGAGCGAGAGGAUGAUGGCGAAGAAGAACCAUCGGCCAAACGCACCAAGACUGAGGAAAGUGAAGAGCCUCGAAUCCCUUCGCACGUCGGGACCCCAGCUCCUGCGCAGAACGGAGUAACUACAAAUGGUGUUUCGUCUUCUAAUGGCAAUAUGUCACGCUCAAUCACGCAACAUGAGACCAAAGAGAUCAUUAAAAUCAUCAAAAAUGUAAUCAAGACUGCUGCUGGAAAGAAUUUCAGAGCUCCAGUUGCAAUUCUUUGGCCUGGCUUCGCAGAUGCUUAUGCACAAAAAGUCAAGAAUGAGGUUGAUCUGAGUACCAUGGAGAAGAAGAUCAAAAGUGGCGGAUACCCUUCGAUUCAAGCUAUCAAGGAUGAUGCCGUGCUUCUCUACGAAAACGCCAUUGCUUUCAACGGUCUUGAUAAUCCCAUCACGGCCGCUGCCAAUGAUGUGAAGACAUCGAUUAUCACUAAACUGGGAAGUCUACCACCAGAGCCACCAGCCCAUGUUGCCAAAGCUCAAGUCAAGAAACCCAAGCGACCAACGCCUUCUCUUGAUACUGCUGCUCGUACUCCCACUGCUAGAAGACCAUCUCGCGGAUCUACUGGCGCUGCUGUGCCCAUGAGUGCUCCAGCCCCAACGUUUGCUCUUGAUCCAGUCACCAGCACACCAUUGAUCCGUCGUGACUCAACAAAAGAUGGCAGGCCAAAGCGUGAAAUCCAUCCACCAAAGAACAAAGAUUUACCUUACUCUUCCGCAAGACCUAAGAGCAAGAAAUAUUCUGUCGAGCUCAAGUGGUGUGAAGAGACGCUGAAUGAGCUGAAGAAGCCAAAAUACUUGGCGUUUUCUAAUGCUUUCAUGGAUCCUGUUGACCCCGUCGCAUUGCAAAUCCCCAAUUACUUUACUGUUAUUAAAUCGCCCAUGGAUAUCUCCACUGUCUCUGAAAAGCUCCAAAACGGCGCCUACACAAGAGCGAAGGAGUUUGAACAAGACGUGAAACUCAUUUUUCACAAUUGUUACAAGUUCAAUCCAGAAGGCAAUCCCGUCCGUGUCAUGGGUCAGCAGUUUGAGGAGGUAUUCAAUGGAUUACUAGCUAGGAAGGAUCGAUGGAUCGCUGAUCAUCAACCCGUUGCUGUGACUCCCGAUAGGGAUGAAGAGAGCGAGGAGGAAGAGGAGAGUGAAGAUGAGCCAGAGCCCGUGCAAGAAGCAUUACAGGGUGCUGCUACGGCCCGACUGCUUUUCGAACAAGCCAAGCUUAUUGAUAUGCUAUCCAAACCGGAAUCCCCAGAUGCCAUUGCCUUGCAGAGAAAAAUUCUUACUUUCAUUCAAGAAACUGUCGAAAAAGAAAAGGCGGCGGCAAUUGCCAAAAAACCUAGCAAGAAAUCAAAGCCCUCUAAACCAUCUAAAAAGGCCAACCCAACGAAAAAGAGCACUACUGGUCCCCCAAAGAAAUCUGGAGGAGUUCGCAAAGAACGAUCCCUGGGAGUUCUCGAGAAGGAAGUGAUUUCCCAAGGGAUUGGCCAGUUACCUGAUAACAUUACUGCGGAAAUCAUGGAAUUGGUCAAAGAAGCUCAUCCAGAGAUGGUGGUUGAGGAAGAUGGUACUAUUGAAAUGGAGAUUGAAUCACUCCGAGUACAUCUUCUCUGGAAGAUUUAUGAUAGCGUCGCCAUCCAUUCACCAGAAACUGUCGUCAAUGUUAAAGCGCAGUAUCAGGAUAAAAAGGAAGAGCCUCGUGCGAUUACAAAACCUGUUCCAAGGAAAAAGAAUAAGCCUAUGACAAAAACUGAGCAAGAACGAAAAAUUGCAUUGCUCAGAGAAAAGGUUCAAGAUUUCAAGAAAGGUCCAGGAUCAGCUUCUCAAGAACCCAUUGAGAGCGUCGAGCAACAUACACAAGACGAAUCAAGUGGUGAUGAGUCUUCAGAUUCUGAAGAAGAGUAA